AUGCUCCUCUCCGUUGCGGUGGCGCUGUGCCUGUGGCUGCGCCUGGCGCUGGGCGUGCGCGGCGCACCCUGCGAGGCGGUGCGCAUCCCCAUGUGCCGGCACAUGCCCUGGAACAUCACGCGGAUGCCCAACCACCUGCACCACAGCACGCAGGAGAACGCCAUCCUGGCCAUCGAGCAGUACGAGGAGCUGGUGGACGUGAACUGCAGCGCCGUGCUGCGCUUCUUCCUCUGCGCCAUGUACGCGCCCAUCUGCACCCUGGAGUUCCUGCACGACCCCAUCAAGCCCUGCAAGUCGGUGUGCCAACGCGCGCGCGACGACUGCGAGCCCCUCAUGAAGAUGUACAACCACAGCUGGCCCGAGAGCCUGGCCUGCGACGACCUGCCAGUCUACGACCGUGGUGUGUGCAUCUCGCCUGAAGCCAUCGUCACUGACCUCCCAGAGGAUGUAAAGUGGAUAGACAUCACACCAGACAUGAUGGUGCAGGAAAGGCCUCUGGACAUUGACUGUAAACGCCUAAGCCCCGAUCGGUGCAAGUGCAAAAAGGUGAAGCCAACUUUGGCAACAUAUCUGAGCAAAAAUUACAGCUAUGUUAUUCAUGCCAAAAUAAAAGCUGUUCAGAGGAGUGGCUGCAAUGAAGUAACGACAGUGGUGGACGUGAAAGAGAUCUUCAAGUCCUCAUCACCCAUCCCUCGAACUCAAGUCCCACUCAUUACAAAUUCUUCUUGCCAGUGUCCACACAUCCUGCCCCAUCAAGAUGUUCUCAUCAUGUGUUACGAGUGGCGUUCAAGAGAAAGGCAGUGGGAAGAGAGGCUGCGGGAACAGCGGAGAACGAUUCAGGACAAGAAGAAAACAGCUGGGCGCACCAGUCGUAGUAAUCCCCCGAAACCGAAAGGAAAGCCACCUGCUCCCAAACCAGCCAGCCCCAAGAAGAACAUUAAAGCUAGGAGUGCCCAAAAGAGAACAAAUGUGAAAAAAGCAUGA